CUGCAUUUGGGAAGAUGACCAAAUGCAUUGGACGGCUUGUCAUAUCGGUCGGUCUACUUUUGCGUUGAACAAUGGCGAAAUGCGUGCCCAUUUUCUCUUCUUCUGGAAAGGGUUGGUUGAAAGUUAAAACAAACCGCCUCGUGCUCUCUCCACCGCUCGCUCCUACCUACGUGUCCAUCCCUGCGCCGCGUCCGUCCGUGCGCAGCCGUGAUGCCGCCGGCCGAGCGCUGCGCCGUCGCCGUCGAGGUCGUCUCCCGGACGCUCGUCCAGGCCUCCGACCCGCCGCGGGGAUUCCCGGCGGUGCUCCCGGUCUCCAACCUGGACCUCAUCCUCGGCUCCUUCCACGUCUUCUUCAUCGCCAUCUACCCGGCGCCCGCCGCGCGCUUCCCGGCCGUGGCCGCGGCCGCGCGCGCCGCGCUCCCGGCCUUCCUCUCCCGCUUCUACCCCUUCGCCGGCCGCGUCGUGCCCAGCGCCUCCACCGGCGUGCCGGAGGUCGUGUGCGGCAACGAAGGGGCCGAGCUCGUCGUCGCGUACGCCGACGCGGCGCUCGCGGACGUGGACUUCGCCGACGCCGACGCCUCGCUGGGGCGCAUCCAGGUGCCGUUCCAGCGCGGCCUCGCGCUGUCGCUGCAGCUCGUACGGUUCGCGUGCGGCGGGUUCUCGCUCACCUGGGGCACCGACCACCUGCUCGUCGACGGCCACGGCCUCACCACGCUUCCCAACGCCUGGGCGGAGAUGCUCGUCGGGGGCGGCCUCUCGUGGGAGCCCCACCACGACCGCUCCUCCCUCUUCCGGCCCCGUUCGCCACCGCGAUACACCCCGUCGCUGGACGCCGAGUUCGUGCGCUACGACCCGGCCAGCCUCCCCAACGCCCUCCUUGCCGCCGCCCUCGUGCGCCGCAACUACGUCGUGGACGCCGCCGACGUCGACCGCCUCCGCGCGGCGGCCAGCGGCCCCUCCCGCCGCGCCACGCGGCUCGAGGCCCUCUCCGCGCACGUCUGGAAGCUCCUCGCCGCGGCCGUGGGCGGCUCCGACACGCACUGCCGCAUGGCGUGGCUCGUCGACGGCCGCCGGCGCCUCGACCCCGCCAAGUACAACAAGACCCACGUCAACAACUACCUCGGCAACGUCGUCACCUACGCGUCGCGGGAGGCGGCCGUGGAGACGGUGCGCUCCGCCCCGCUCGCCGACGUGGCGACGAUGGCCGCGGCGGCAAUCGCGGAGGUGUUCCGGCAGGAGCGGCACGAGGAGCUGGUGGAUUGGAUGGAGGCGCACAAGGGGGUGUUCGCGGAGGGCGGCAAGUGGACGGAGACGGUGGGGCUGGGCACAGGCAGCCCGGCGCUGGUGGUGUCGGCGUUCGUGCCGUUCCGCGUGGAGGGCGACUUUGGAUUCGGCCCGCCGCGGCUGGUGAUGCCGUGGGUGCGUCCGGGCCGGCUCGGGUCGGCAGCCAUGACAGUGAUCCGGAGCCCCGCGGGAGACGGGUCGUGGCUGGUCACCGCCAGGAUGUGGCCUCGGCUCGCCGACGCCGUGGACGCCGACCCAGAGGCCGUGUUCAAGCCGGCCACCGCCGAGCGGCUCGGGUUCGCCACGCGCCGCCGCGGCGAGCUGAGGGCCACCGGCACGGCGCAGCACGCCGUGAGCCGCAUGUGAGCUGCGUUGCCUGCGUGGACGGCUGCUGUUAAAAUAGAUGUACUGCCGCCGCGUGGACGGCUGCAGUACAAAUAUCGUCAUAGCCUCUCUCUCACUACUAGAGUAUCUAUUUUUAACCUUUUUAUUUUUUAAAUAAAAUAUUGGAACUCUCCAUUUGUCA